CCAAAAUCGUCGCGCAAUUGAUUUCCUGCGCGUGAAACAGCAGUUGAGCUAAUCCUCUUGAUUCCUCAGAGAAAUUCGCAUUUUUCAUUGGAAAAUUGACAAGAAAAGGGAAGAGAAAUGGCACACGAGGGUGAGAAUUUGACUGGACUCAGCAAAUAUUUUAAUAGCACGACAAUAUCUGGUCGGGCGAACGUGGCUAAGCUGACACUUGCGAUGUUGGGUCUCACCAUCGUCUACAAUGUUGUGAAACCAAAGAAAAAUAAGCAGACUGAUCCUGCCAAGUGAAACUACCAGUAACUUUCAUGGAGAUGUAGCUGAGAUUUUGAAUUAUGUAAUGUCCAUCGAUUAUUCGUUUUUCUUGUUAAUAUCCUCGAAAUCCUCUGCUCCUCGCUAAUAAAUUGUUAGAUAAGGAUCA